AUGGUACGUUCGGCCGCUUCCCCUCGGACAGUCGACGACCUGGCGCCUACAGAUGCGUCUUGCCCGCAACAGAGCGCCCCCUUCGUCUCUUGCUAUGAUCCGCUGACGUUGCCGUCGCAGUUACCCCUCGGCCUCUUGAACGCUGCCCAAGGGCACCCCAUGCUCGUGGAGCUGAAGAAUGGCGAAACCCUCAACGGCCACCUGGUCAUGUGCGAUACCUGGAUGAACCUGACGCUCAAGGAGGUCGUGCAGACGAGUCCGGAAGGCGACAAGUUCGUCAAGAUCCCCGAGGUCUACGUGAAAGGAAACAAUAUCAAGUACCUGCGAGUCCCCGACGACAUCAUCGACGUGGUCAAGGAAAACCAGGCGAACCACCAGCAAGGAGGCUUCCGCGGUGGCAGAGGAGGAAACAGGGGAGACCACGGCGGUCGCGGCGGCGGCGGCGACAGAGGCAGAGGCAGAGGCCAGGGCCGCGGAGGACGCGGCCGCGAGCUCCCCCCCCCGGAUACAAAGCUCUUCCCCUCCAUUCCGCCCGCGCGCCCGCCCACCUGCACCCUCGGCUUCAUGUCAGGCUCUCGAGCUGUCUUUGACGGGCUGUGGCGCUGCCUUUGCCCUUCAGCCGAUGCGUACGUCGCGGCCAGACUCCUCAACUCGCCCUCUCUCCCUAGAGCCUCGAUCGCGACGAGCCACCGAAGGCGACCCGUUCCGUCUUCCCGCGGCCCCGCCAUCCGCACACAAUGCCGUCGACACGCGACAACCGCGGCCUCCGCACCACGCUCGGAAGGGAAUACGGCGCUGGCCGACGAUGACGGAGCUCCAACAGACGAUACGGCCUGGUCGGAAGCACAGCAGGACACGGCGCCGACCGAAGCCGAUGCGCCCGACCCAAACGAACAGCUGCGAGCCGCACCGCUGUCCGCCAUAUACGAUGCCUUGCGGGUGCUGAAAGGCCAGCCAAAGAGCUUUGACAAAGUUGCAACCUUCAUCACACACCUUGCCCAGUACCGGAAAGCCGAGUUGAGCCCCCAGCUGUACGAGCACCUUAUCGUGGCGACGUCCGACGUCAAGGGCUCGGCGGCGAUGCUGGCGCAGCUGUUUGCCGAGAUGAAGCAGCUGCAGAUCAAGCCGACCAUCUCCAUCUGCCAUGCCGCGCUGGCUGUCCUCGCCGUACACCCCGACUACCUGGUCCGGAACGAGGUCAUUACGGCCCUGAAGCAGUCGUGGUCCGAGGUCAGCGUCGACGGGCAGAGCCAUAUUGCUCUCGGCCUGCUCCGCGAUGGACAGCUAGAGAUGGCGCUCGACGCGUUGGAGUCCAUGAUGGACAAGCAAGUCGCCAUCCCCUCGUGGGUCUACGACAUCUUCAUCUUCAUAUUCGCCCAGCACGGCUUCGUCGAUGAGGCCAUCAAGCUGGCCCACGGUAAGGCCCAUGCCGGGAGUGAAGUGAAGCUCGCCGUGUGGUAUAUGCUCCUCGACACAUGCGCGCUUGCGUAUCACUACGAGGGCACCAAGUACAUCUGGGGCCGGCUGCUGGACACGGACAGGGAGCACCUGUCGGACGGCGUCCUGCUCAACGUCAUGAACACGGCCACGAGGCAGCACGACUUUGAGCUCGCCACGAGCGCGGCUCGCCUGGUCACGCAGAGGGGGAGCAAGCUGUUUGCCCACCACUACGAAGCUCUGAUCGAAUGCUACGGCGGCGCGGGAGACAUGGCGAGUGCCCUGCGGGUCCUCUGCAUCAUGUUCAGGGCCAUCUCCGUCGCGCCCUACGCCAGCACCCGCUCGAUCUACAGCUGGAUCAGGAAGCACCCGGAGAGCAUCGACUCGGCGCUGCAGACCCUGACGGAGCUCGUCCCCAACUACAAGGUCCCCAUCGCAGCGCUCAACGUGCUCAUUGAGGCUGCCGUAGACUGCCACGGGUAUGCCAAGGCGUUGGAGAUCUACAAGAACGCACACAAGUACACCGAGGCGGCCCCCAACCACGUCACCAUCCGGUACGUGCUCCAGGCGUGCGACGACCUGGAGUCUCUCAAGGCGCUGGUGGCGGAGAACCCGGAGCUGGCGCUGAAGGGGGACCCGGGCGUCUUCGGCAAAGCCGUCUACGAGUACGCCGUGGCCGGGGACCUCGACCUGGCGUACAGGUGCGUCGCGCUAUACGGCGAGGCCCCCGCGGCGUCCGCCGAGGAGGAGGAGAAGCCCAGCAACGCGGAGCCCUGGAUCCCCAAGAAGACGCUGCUCACGCUCGUCAGGAAGUCGCUCGACGUGCAGGACGAGCGCGUCUGGUGGCUAAUCGAGCAGGCCGAGAGGCGGAACAUGGACGUCCAGUCGGGCAUCUCGAAGCUGAUGGCUUCCUUUGCCGAGGAGAUCAAGCGCAGCACGGGGCUGGCGCAGGAGGACCGCACUUUCACCGAGGGCUUGGAGCCGCAGCAUCACUCCACGUCGUGA